UAUAUUUACAGUAGCAGCAGACACCUGCUCAGUGACCUCUCACCUAUCUUCUAUUAACACUUCUUGGUUAUUGGGCGAUUCAACUCACUUGGAGUUGCCCUCCCCUGAAUUGUACUCUGUUUCACCAUUAUUGUACCUUUGUCCGUUUUCUGAACCCAAAAACACUAACACUUCACGUUCACACAGCUCCAUUUUUAUAUCUUUUAAGCUUCAGCUACAUAACUGAGAAAGGUGAAAAAAAGUUUGCACUAUAAACCUCAUGGAUCUUCAUAUUAUUAUUAGCUCAAUAGCUCUCAUUGUCUUCCUCGUGACCCCGAAAGGUGCGUACGGUGCAUCUUUCACGUUUGUCAACCGUUGUGAUUACACUGUUUGGCCUGGGAUUUUAGCAAAUUCAGGGAGUCCUGGACUCGACAGCACUGGAUUCGAGCUUCCCAAAGACUCUUCCCGUUCGUUUCAAGCCCCGACGGGUUGGUCGGGUCGUUUCUGGGGCCGAACGGGCUGUAAAUUCGACGGAUCCGGUUCCGGAAACUGCUUAACAGGCGAUUGCGGGUCGGGCCAGGUAGAAUGCAAGGGACUCGGCGCUGCUCCACCCGUAACUCUGGCUGAGUUCACUCUCGGAACAGGAGGGCAAGAUUUUUACGACGUCAGUCUCGUUGACGGCUACAAUAUGCCGAUGAUCGUCGAAGGAAGCGGCGGGUCGGGUCUUUGCUCUUCUACCGGAUGUACGACCGACUUGAACCGGCAAUGCCCGUCGGAACUCCGUGUCGGCGACGGUGACGCUUGCAAGAGCGCGUGCGAGGCGUUUGGAAGCCCGGAAUAUUGUUGUAGCGGCGCGUACAGCACACCUGCCACGUGCAAGCCAUCGGUAUAUUCUGAGAUGUUUAAGGCCGCUUGUCCCAGAUCUUACAGCUACGCGUACGAUGAUGCUACGAGCACUUUCACCUGUACCGGAGCUGAUUAUACGGUGACGUUUUGCCCAUCUUCUCCCAGUCAAAAAUCUAUACCAGUUACAGAAACUCCCCCAAUAACAAGCUUAGCAUCACAAGGAUCGGGGUCAGAACCCGGGUUAACUUAUUCCGAUAACGGCAGUUACGGAUAUUCGGGUUCGGGUUACUCGAGUUCGAGCUACACAUACUCCGGUUUGGAUUCAAGCACUGAAGCAGGAGGGUCUGGUGAGGCAAUGUUGACAGAUGGGUCAUGGUUAGCUGGGCUGGCAAUGGGAGAAUCAGCAACAACAUCAGAUCCUUGUAUUCUACAAUAUGCACUAAUGGCAUUAUUAACUGCUGCCUGUCUUUUGGCUUCGUGACAUCAAUUCUACUUGUAUUAUUAGGGUUUCAAUGUAUAAUAUAACACUAAAGGGUGUUGUUUCCCUAAAGUUGAGCUUUUCUUU